UAGAAGCGUAUAACAGAUGGUCACGUGGAAUAAUAGAAGCUAAAAAUCACGUAACUAUAUCCGAGCUCCAUAAUUUGGAAAAAGCCGAAACCGACACGCGUUUACUGGGUAAAAAGGUAGUCUUUGAAAAAAAACAAGCCAGUUGGAUGAGUAAAGAUAAACAACACAAGAUCGAACAAGUUGUUGAUGCGUUCACCAAGACAAAGUUAGAACGUCUUCAUUUUACAUCACCUAGUGUUAUUGGAGUUCUUGACACUACAAAUUCGCAUGAUCCAACAUUCAUUCAGCUUUUCGUAAAAACAUAUAAAAAUGAAACUUGGGAGUUUUGUCACGAUGUGCCUUUCGUAGUACCUGAAGCUCUUCAAGGUCAUGUGUCAAAACAAGAUGAAUCUUAUGCAAGCGCUGAACGGAUUCACAAAGAAAAUAAUAGGAAUGGACGUAUACCUGAUUUUCGUUUGCGAAUUGUUAUUCCAAAGAGAAAAGUUGAAAUCAUGGUUGGCGAAAGUUGUCGAAAUGGUGCUGAUGAUAAUAAAGUAACAGGAGAUCGUGAAAAAAUGAUAAGAAUGAUGAAGGAUGCUGAAGAACGACUAGAAAGAGAAUUAGUCAAUUACAAAAUCACAGAUAUUAAUCAUGAGGUCAGAGAACAAUUUAGCGACAUAGAUCUAUUCGCUAUUCAAUCAAUUG